AUGCGGGCCGCUGUCGUCGCCCUGUGCCUCCAGCUGCUGCUGGCGGUCGCUGCACUCGGCGCCGGGGCGGCGCCGGGCCGUGUGCUGCUGGCGUACCCCGUCCUCACCACCGACGCCGCGGCGCGCCCCUCCAGCGGGUCAGUGGCGCUGACGUGCGCCUGCGUCGACGCGGGCAUCAAUAGCCCGGCCUGCUUCUCGGGGGUCACGAAGUGGUGCCAGGACAGCGCCGCGAAGCCGGACAUGAAGGUGUGUGCAGCUAUGAGCGGUUUCAUAAACAAGCAAGACUUCCCCUCCGGCAUGGUGGUGGCGCGUUUCCUGAUUGAUACCUGCAAGGUCAAGCUGCCGGUCAGCCCCAGCGCCUGCGCCUGCCUGGAAGGCUAUGACACCCUGGCCUGCCGUUCCGCCGCCCUCAACGCCUGCCUCCUCGGCAACACGCUCUGCCCUGCAACAGUCUUCGGCCCCGAGGCCCUCGCAGAUAGCCAGGAGAGCUUCAAUCUAUAUGUGGACCGCGAGUGCGGCGCCAACGCGAAGCUCGCGGCGCGCAUCGACAUGAACUUUACGGGCGUUACUAAGGAGCAGUUCCAGCUCAACUACGCCAAGGGUGUCGCGGCCGCGCUGGCCCAGAUCGUGCAGGUGCAGGCGUCCGAGGUUACCGCGUCGAGGAUCCGGGAGGUGAUCUUCGCAACGGGCCCGGCGGCCGGCCGGCGGCUGGCGCAGGCUGCGGACGGGGCACGCGAGAAGGUUCUGCUCACAACAUACCAGGUCCGCAGCGCCCCCCAGGACGCCCCGACAAUCCAGGGGCGCCUGCAGGACGCCGCCGCGAACGCCAACGCGGGGCUGUACGCCGCCCUGCAGGCCAACGGGGUCCCGCUUCGGCCAACUUUCUCUUUCACCGGCAUCAAGGGUGCUGGCGGCAGCAGCGGCGGCGGCAGCGGCGGCGGUGGCGGGCUGAGCACCGGCGCGAUCGCGGGCAUCGCGGUCGGCGCGGCCGUCGGAGGGCUGCUGCUGCUGGCGGGGAUUGUGUACCUCGUGCUCCGCCGCCGAAAGUCAAAGCCCAAUCCGGCGUACGAGGCAAACAAGGGCAAGGCGCCCGCCGCGGCGCCGGUGGAGGUCGCGGCGGAGGAGGGGGCCGUCCCGGGCGGCAAGGCGGCCGGCGCGGCGCCUGCGGCUGUUUCCGACGCCAAUGGAGCUGGGCAGCCCAGAGACGCAUGA